CGUAUGAAAUCCGAAAAGAUCAGUGCUAUCCGUUGAAAGCUUCUGUCAUCCUCACUUCAACGAGACAACCAAUCCAAUACCAUUUUCUUUUCAAAUCCACAAUUUUCCUUUCCUUUCUUUGAUUUUUUCCCGGGAAAAUAAACCCUCAACCGUCUCAGAUGACACCAUUGGCGGCCACCACCAGACAUCCAAUCAACCCCACUCAUCUCAUCAUCUAAACUCUGCGAAACCUAUGAUGCCAUCAACCAUUACACUCUCAAGUUCAAUUAACUUCAAUUUUCCCCCAAAUUCGCGGAUAUACUCGAAUAUUUUCCCGCCAAAGAAACGGUUUUUUGUGGGACGAAGUAAAGAUCUCUGUAGACCAAGAAUGGCUUCUUCUAUUGGAGGGUUUAGGGUUAGUUCCCAAAUGGGUAGUGGUGGUGAAAGUGGGUUUUGUACUCUGAUGGAGUAUGUGGGUAAGGGAGGGGUAGAUGUGAGCGAUGACUUGGUGGUGUUGUUUGCUCAUUUACAGUAUGCUGCAAAGAGAAUUGCAGCUCUUGUGGCUUCUCCUUUCAAUUCGAGUCUCGGAAAACAAUCCGGUGGCGCCAGCAGUGUCAGUGGGUCAGACAGAGAUGCUCCUAAGCCACUCGACAUCGUCUCGAAUCAGAUCAUUCUGUCGUCUUUGCGAAAUUCUGGUAAAGUCGCAGUUAUGGCUUCUGAAGAAGAUGAUGCACCAAUCUGGUUAUCUGAUGGUGGCCCAUUUGUGGUGGUGACAGAUCCUCUAGAUGGUUCCCGGAAUAUAGAUGCUUCUAUUCCCACUGGAACAAUUUUUGGAAUUUAUAACCGCCUUGUAGAACUAGAUCAUCUGCCUGUGGAGGAGAAGGCAUCACUGAAUUCACUCCAGAGUGGCAAUAGGCUUGUAGCUGCUGGCUAUGUUCUCUAUUCAUCAGCCACAAUACUCUGCACCAGCUUUGGUUCGGGAACACAUGCAUUCACACUGGACCACUCAACAGGAGACUUUAUUCUCACACAUCCAAGCAUUAAAAUUCCUCCUCGAGGACAAAUCUACUCUGUAAAUGAUGCACGUUAUUUUGACUGGCCCGAAGGUUUAAGGAGAUAUAUUGACACCGUGAGACAAGGCAAAGGUAGAUACCCUAAGAAGUAUUCAGCCCGUUACAUAUGCUCUCUUGUUGCUGAUUUCCAUCGGACUCUCAUGUAUGGUGGAGUGGCAAUGAAUCCAAGGAACCAUCUUCGUUUGGUCUACGAGGCAAACCCUCUUAGUUUUCUUGUAGAGCAUGCUGGGGGUAGAGGUUCUGAUGGUAAAGGUAGAAUCUUAUCACUUCAGCCAGUCAAGCUCCAUCAAAGACUUCCUUUGUUUUUGGGGAGUUCAGAGGAUAUGGAAGAGUUAGAGAGUUACGGAGACGUUCAACAGAAAGUAAAUCCUGGGUAUGAAGUUUAAUUUCAGACUCUGUUUGGAUCGUGGAUUUGAGUAGGGAUUUAAAAAUGGAAAGGAAAAGGCUAGGGGAACGGAAUUUUCUCUUUAAUCUUAUAUUUCAUUCACGUUUUCCUCACCUUUUACUUUCCUUUUCCAAUCCCCCAUCUAAAUCUAUGAUCCAAACAUAGUCUCAAAGGUUAAGUAUUGCAAAUGCACAUGUGGUGAAUCAUGCCCCAAAUGGUUAUGUGAUUGUUCUCUUCUUUUUCUCAACUUCUGUGGGAACCAAUUGGAGUAUGAGAAUUUUGGGCAUGAAAUGCGAGAAGGCAAUGUAUAUUAUUUUAUUCCUUUUUUGUUUUGUGAGUGUGUGUGUGUGUGUUAGUCUUCCUUCUUUAUGUUUAAAUUGUGAACAAUAUGUUCUCAGUGUAUUCUGUUUGCUUGUAUAAAUUGUUAGAUCACAGCUAAAAAUUGUUUUAUGGUGUACCACAAAUGACCUUUCUUCGUUCUCUUCUUUUUUAAAUGCAUAUUUUAUGGAUA